AGCACUGAAAGCUUAGUUCGGGUUCUGUCAAAUUUGACAGGUCUUUUAUGUCCAAUUGACUCCCAGUGGCAUUACACGCGUUUAGUCGUUACUCUAAUAAACGCAACGAUGUCGGGAGGAUUAGACGUGUUGGCCCUCAACGAGGAAGAUGUCACCAAAAUGUUGGCGGCAACCACCCAUCUUGGGUCUGAGAAUGUCAACUUUCAGAUGGAAACUUACGUGUACAAGCGUCGAGCUGAUGGUACUCACGUGAUCAACUUGCGUCGCACCUGGGAGAAGCUCGUCUUAGCUGCACGUGCUGUUGUUGCUAUUGAGAACCCAGCUGACGUGUUCGUUAUCUCUUCACGUCCUUUUGGUCAACGUGCCGUGCUUAAAUUCGCCGCACACACAGGCGCUACUCCUAUCGCUGGAAGAUUCACACCUGGUGCAUUCACUAACCAGAUUCAAGCUGCAUUCAGAGAGCCACGUCUCUUGAUUGUUCUGGACCCUGCACAAGAUCACCAACCCAUCACUGAGGCUUCCUAUGUCAACAUUCCAGUAAUUGCUCUCUGCAAUACUGAUUCACCACUCAGAUUUGUUGACAUUGCUAUUCCAUGCAACACCAAGUCCUCUCAUUCCAUUGGGCUUAUGUGGUGGUUACUUGCACGUGAAGUUCUCCGCCUGAGAGGUGUUCUUGCACGUGAUCAGCGUUGGGAUGUUGUAGUUGACCUGUUCUUCUACAGAGAUCCCGAAGAAAGUGAGAAGGAAGAGCAACAAGCCAAAGAACAGGCUGUUGUUGCUACCAAGCCUGAUGUGCCUGCUCCUGUACACGAGGAAUGGAAUGAGCCAGAAGUUCCAGUCCCAUCUUGGACCGAAGAUGCCGCACCAGCUGCCACUGCCGCUGCAGCUACUACAGCGGCUGCUGCUGCUGCUACUACCUUCGGUGCCCCUGCUGCUCAGGAAGAUUGGGCUACUCAGGUCCAAGAAGAGUGGGGAACAACUGUGGCUGCACCUGUUCCUACCGCAACCCCAUCGUGGGGAGGUUCCUCUCAAGACUGGAGCGCUACAUAAACAGUGGGCUUCAAAUGAUCAUUCAAUUAUAUACUUCAAAAUCUGAUAA